AUGUCUGACGAUUCAAUUACUCCUUUGACUGAUGAUACAUCUAAUGUUACUUUCUUCAAGAAAAGUAAAAGCGGUAAAAACGUUCGUAAACGCAAGAAAUCACCGUCGCCUGGUGCUUCCUCAGAAAUUUUUGAAGGCUCGGCGGUAGUAACAAAAGAACGUAAAUUAGAUCCUUCACAUCCUUUUGUACAAGGUACAAAAAAAGGAAAACAUACGGAUGAUAUUAGUGUCACAUUUUCCGCAAGUAAGUCUGCCAUAUCGUCAAUAUCUCAGGAUAUCGCUACACGAAAGGCAGAAUGGGAUACGGAAACCGAUCGUGAUGCACAAGCAUUGUUAGAAAAGAAACUAGCUGCUGAAGAAGCUGAUGACGAUCUUUAUAAAGGACAAAAUGCUUAUAAAACAUAUAUAAAAAAACGUGAUACCGCUGCAGGAAAUGCCGCAAGUUCAAAAAUAAAGGCUGGUCCAAUUCGAGCACCUACAAAUAUUCGUGUCACUUCGCGAUUUGAUUAUCAACCAGAUAUAUGUAAAGAUUAUAAAGAAACUGGCUAUUGUGGUUAUGGUGAUUCAUGUAAAUUCUUGCAUGAUAGAGGUGACUAUAAGUCUGGGUGGCAAUUAGAAAGAGAAUGGGAAGAAAUGCAAGGAAAAAUUCGACAAGACAAAAGCGAAUUUCUUAUAGAAAGUAGUGAUGAAAGCGAUGAAGAAUUGCCUUUCGCUUGUAUAAUAUGUAGGCAAGAGUAUAAGAAUCCAGUGGUUACAAGAUGUGGUCACUAUUUUUGUGAAAAAUGCGCAUUACAGAAUUUUGCCAAAAGUCCGAAAUGUUAUGCUUGUGGAGCUUCUACUAAUGGUAUAUUCAAUACAGCGAAAUCUCUGUUACAAAAACUUGAAGAAAAAAAGAAAAGAAUGGCAGAGAAAGGGAUUGAUGUGCAGCAGCAGCAAGAGCAAGAAGAUAGUGAAAGUUCUGCUGAUGAAUAA